AUGAGCGCGGAAGGGAACUUACCGUUACAACCAAACACAACAACAAUAACAUCAUCAUCGAAUGAAGUAGUAAACGAUUUUUCUUCUGGUACAUCUUUUUCUAAAUUGAAGGAAGAAAACAAUACUCAAGAAUUAGAAUACAGGAAGAAUUUGAGUGAUGAUGGUAGCGUAAAUUGGAGUGAUUUACCUUUCACUAUUUAUUCAUCGGAAUCAGUCAAUAGAUGUAAACCUUCUCUUCUGAUGGAAUCAUCGGAGAGGAUUCAACAAGGUGGAGAAAUUAAUGAUAAUUAUAUUGGUGUCAUUCCAGAACAACACUAUCGAUACACGAAUAAUAAUGGUCUCUUUUUCGUUCAUCCAAUUAAAAAUCAACACACUCCCACUUCACAAAUAUUGGAUAAUUUCUACUUGUUACAUUCAAGAGCUAAAUUACAACAGAGUUUUAUCAUUGUUGGCGGAAGACAUCAGGUUAAGGAGAGGAAAUCAAGUAAAUUCUUUAUGGAUGAAGUAUUUUGGUUAUCUAUUUGGGAUUCGAAACUUGUUCCUUGCCCUAAAUUUACUAGAUUUAAUUUGGAGAGUAUUGAUGUUGAGUUUGUGGAACGAGUGGAUGCUAGAGAUAAUGAGUACAUGUUUUUUGUGGUGAAUGAAGGUGAUAGGGAGAAGAAUUGUGUGAAAUUGAGUGGUAAAUUUGAGACUAUCCUUUCUCAAUGUUUCUCAUUCCCAAUUCACUCAUUAUAUACUAAUUUUCCACCAGUUUAUGAAAGCUUAAGGGAACGUAAUUCAUUAAUGGGAGAUCAAUUCAAUUGCCUAAUUGAAAAAGAGGAUUGGUUCAAGGAUAAUUUACAUUCUCACAUAAUUUUACAGAGAUAUUUCAAACCAAUAGAAAUCACAGAAACCCAAACAGAGGCAGAGAAGAAUCUGGCUCAACUUCUCCAAGAUGACAGUAAAUCAUGGCUAGACCCAACCCUCGAACGUCUUCCUAAAUAUAAUGCUCUCAGAGAAUCUCAAGAUAGAAAAUACUCAACAACUUGUGUUCAGAAAGGAGUAGAAUUCUCCAAGCAAAAGAAUUAUACCAAAGCUCUCGAUCUCUACAAGGAAGCUCUCGAUUAUGAUGAUAAGAACAUUGAUGCAUUCAUUGGAAUUGGCAGUGCUCUCUACAAUCAGAAAUCCUACCAAUUGGCCAGUGAUAAUUUCCAAAAAGCUCACCAACUAGAUCCCAAUCAUCCCAUUCCAAUUCAAUAUUUGGAAAAGACCAAAGUCAAGAUUGAACAAGCUCUCAAGGAACGUAUCGAGAAUGAAAAUAAGAGAAAGUUUGCUGGAGCAGAUCACCAACCACAACCAACCAAAAGUAUCCACGCUGAAGUCGAACAAACCUUGAGCAAACUUCUUCACACAACCAAAAAGCAGCGAAGUUGUAGUGAAUCGGAGGAUAUUAACUCAUCAUCGGAUUCUGCCCUGAAUGAAAGAUGGAAUGCGGAGAUUAUAUUAGAAAUUUUGAAACAGCAUUAUCCUCAUCUUCUGCAACCUGAUGCUGUUUGUUCGCAAUAUAUUCUUGAAGAGAAUUCCUUAUGGGAUUGUAGUGUUGAUUCGGAAGAAUUGACAGGAGGAGUUGAAAAUGAUAGUGUUAAAAUAACAAUUUCGUUUAGUGGUAAAUUGAAGAAUGGAACUGUUUUCAGCACUCCAAAAGUAUGCUAUAUUUUCAGAAUUUACAAUGAUCGUGACAAAUCUAAAGAAUUCAUUGGAUUUGAAUUGUCUACACUGUUUUUCCUUUGUCAAAAUAGAUUUCCAGUUCCGUUUGUUAUUUUACCAACAUGUGUGCUGGUUGAAUUUGUUCAAUCUUCUUAUUCCAAAUUUCCUGAUAUGAAUAGAGUGAUUGUUGAUUUUGUUGAUGGAAGAUUUUGUGCCAUGUUUAGUUGUGUGAGUGGCUACCAUGUUGAUAAGGGAAAGAAGACAAUUGACCAAGUCAAUCAAUUAGCUGUGUUUUUGGGUAGCUUACACAAGAUGACCAGGGAAAAUGGCUUUUCAAUUCUUGAUAGAAAGGUCACUCCACAAGACAUGAUAGAAAUGAAAAUCAGUGAGAAAAAGUUGACCUUUUCAUACUUGGCAGAAGCACUUGAAAGUGUGAGUAAUACUAUUCAAGCUAUGAAAUCUAGAGUUGUCAUAUUUGACAAGACCAAUUGUACAUUCAAGGAAGAACACAUUGAAAAAGCCAAUAGAUACAACGCUAAAGUAAUUACCUUGUUGGAUGAAUUGAUUAAAAUUGUAGAAGAGGCAAACAGUCUGAUAUCAACAAUAAGCAAGGAAGAACAGCAAAGACUCGAAGAUUCUCUUCCUCAAGCAAUCUUACAUGCCGACAUUCAUGAGAAUAAUGUUCUAUUUUCUAAAUAUGAAAACAAGGAAUUCAUUGCUGGAGUGGUGGAUUGGGAUGAUAGUUUUUGGGGACCACAAAUUUUGGAUUUCAUCAAGGGAUUCUUCUUUUGGUGUAUUGCAAAGAUUGUUACGCCUGAGGAUGAAUACAAACCAUUUGAAGUAUUUGAUGAUACUCUCACUCAAGCAUAUAGGACAAGUUAUGAAAAUGCAAGAGGAGAACCAAUCACACAAGAUGAAAAGAAGGCCAUGAUUCCCUUCUCUAAAUUAAUAAUGUGUGCCCAGAUUGACUUUUUCGUUCAUGCAGGAGAUGCUGAGGAAUUAUUCAUUUAUCCAGAUGAGGACUUUUCUAAUGGAAUUGAGAAUAGAGAUUUGGAGCCAUUUUUUGCUUUAACAUGGUUUACGAGAGUUGGCAGAGAAAUUGAGGCCAAAAUAUCUCAACUCCUCUAUUAG